AUGGAAGAAAAUGAAUUUCGAUACGAAUGUACCAACGAAGCUUUGGAAUUCAAAACUCUUCCAUUGCAAUCGAAAUAUCCACCAGUACUCAAAGCCUAUGCAUAUAUAGCUUUGCAGACAACAUACGACUAUUGUUCUCGCCAUCCUCUCAUUCAAGUGCCGCACCAAGAUCAAUCCAGCUCAGACGUUGACAUAAUUUCGCUUUGUGGACUUCAAGUCAAGUGUAUGUUAGGCGAAGGAAGUGGUAAGACACUCCUAUGUGAAUUCGGUGGAGAUAUAAUUGCCUUAAAGAUUACCGAUCUCACCACAGAUCUUGGAAGAAAUGCAAAAGGAAGUCGAAAUCUAUAA